CCGAGAAGGGCCUCGGAAGCCGCUGCCUCCCAGGAGUCCGCCUCGAGCUCCUCUAGAGCCCGGGUAAGGUCGCCGAAGCGCGGAUCCCAGGAGAGGGUGAGGACGCCUAGCGACCCGGGGCUGCGCGUUCUCCGUGGGCACCCGGCGCCCACGCCGCUCCUCGGAGACACGGUAACCGUAAGAGGACUGGCAGGAAGCAUGUCUGAAUUUUGGUUAAUUUCGGCCCCUGGAGAUAAGGAAAAUUUACAAGCGCUGGAGAGAAUGAAUAUGGUCACCUCCAAAUCCAACCUGUCCCACAACACCAAGUUCGCGAUUCCUGACUUCAAGGUGGGGACCUUGGACUCCCUGGUCGGUCUCUCCGAUGAGCUGGGGAAACUCGACACCUUUGCUGAAAGCCUCAUAAAGCGAAUGGCGCAGAGUGUGGCGGACGUCAUGGAAGACUCCGAGGGCAAGGUGCAGGAGAACCUGCUUGCUAACGGAGGCGGCCUGACGUCCUUCGUGACUCACUUCGAAUGGGACAUGGCCAAGUACCCUGCCAAGCAGCCGCUAGUGAGCGUGGUGGAUGCCGUGGCAAAGCAACUGGUGCAGAUCGACACAGACGUGAAGUCACGCACAGCCGCCUACAGUGCGCUGAAGACGGCGCUGGAGAACCUGGAGAGGAGGUCCACGGGAAACCUCUUCACACGGACGCUGAGUGACAUCGUGAGCAAGGAGGACUUCGUGCUGGAUUCCGAAUACCUGGUCACCCUCCUGGUCAUUGUCCCCAAGGCCAGCUACUCACAGUGGCAGAGGACCUACGAGUCCCUCUCGGACAUGGUGGUCCCUCGGUCGACCAAACUGAUUGCAGAGGACCCCGAAGGCGGCCUCUUCACUGUGACUCUGUUCCGGAGAGUGAUGGACGAUUUCAAAACCAAAGCCAAGGAGAACAAGUUCAUGGUUCGUGAGUUCUACUAUGAUGAGAAAGAAAUCAAGAGAGAGAGGGAAGAGAUGACCAGGCUGCUGUCGGACAAGAAGCAGCAGUACCAAAAUUCCUGUGUUGCUCUUAAAAAGGGAUCAUCCAUCUACCGGGACCACAAAGUUAAGGGAGCUCCGCUAGGGAGCCCCGCUAGGCUCGCUGCGGGGCAGCCGGACAGAGAGAGAGAGAGUGAGGGCGAGGGCGAGGGCCCACUGCUGCGCUGGCUCAAGGUGAACUUCAGCGAGGCCUUCAUCGCCUGGAUCCACAUCAAGGCCCUCAGGGUGUUCGUGGAGUCUGUGCUCAGGUACGGGCUGCCGGUGAACUUCCAGGCCGUGCUCCUGCAGCCCCACAAGAAGUCCGCCACCAAACGCUUGAGGGAGGUGCUGAACUCAGUCUUCCGGCAUCUGGACGAGGUGGCAGCCGCGAGUAUUCUGGAUGCAGCGGUGGAGAUCCCGGGGCUGCAGCUCGGCAGCCAGGACUACUUCCCCUACGUGUACUUCCGCAUCGACCUCAGCCUCCUGGACUAGGGCCCUGAAGUCCUGCGGCAUCUCCAGGAC